AAUCAUAUUUAAUAAUUAGGAAUUCGGGAGAUCUGCCUUAAAGCGAAGAUAAGACGAAGAAGAAGAAGACGAAGAAGGUGAAGAAUUGGAGCUUCAAUGGCGAAUCUGGUAUUCUGCAGUUCGUUAUCAUUAUCAAGUCAGAGAUUUCCUUCGUUUCGUUCUUCUUUUCAAUGUAAUCCUCCAUCCGCCGUCUGUUUCCCCGUUCGAUUAGGUCGUAGGCAAACGAGAGGAUUAUCUGUUGUGACGCGAGCAGCUCCGAGCGCUAAUACCUAUCUCUUCGCAUUUUUCUUGCCUCUUUCACUUCUAGCUAUAACAGUAUUGACUUCCAUUAGUAUCGAUAUGCAGCUUGACAAACGCUUCAUGGAAGAGAUGGCGGUUAAUGAAGGAAUGACUGAAGCAGAUGAUGAUAAUGAUGAUGAAGAAGAUGGAGAAAUUGUUGAGAUUUCUCCAAGGGAAAAAGCUGUUCGCACUCGUAAUCGACCUAAAAAGGAAGUGAAGAAUUGAAAUGAAAAUAUAAUACCUUAUAGCUUCUUUCUACUGGAAUGAAUAUUGAUUAGAAUUGCUGUAAUUCAGGAAAUCAAUGAAAUUGUAUUCAUUGUGAUUUUGAUUUCA